CUUUAAGUCGAUUUGUUUAGACGUUUUAGUUUACCGGAGUGUCUUAACGAUUAAAAAAUUAUUCAAAAUUAAAUUUUUGUGAAUUUAAAAAAAAAUUGAAAAAAAAAAAUUUUUUUUGAGAUAAACCGAGGAACGACUAAUUGCGAUGGCAGUUUGUGAUUGCCCGAUUGGAAUUCCAACGGGACCUACCCUCGCCACGUUAUGCGGCGGCAGUCAAUUUAUGCUCUUCAUGGGUCUGCUAGAAGUUUUCAUUAGAUCACAAUGCGACCUUGAAGACCCCUGUGGGAGACCAAAGUCACGUUUAUCACAAGAAGUAGACAAUGAGUAUGAUUUUAUUGUCGUUGGCGGCGGAUCUGGAGGAAGUGUUGUUGCAUCACGAUUGUCUGAAGUCCCCCAUUGGAAAGUUUUGUUGAUAGAAGCAGGUCCUGAUGAGCCGACAGGCACGCAAAUUCCAUCGAUGUUCUUGAAUUUCUUGGGCAGCAACAUUGAUUGGGGAUAUUCGACGGAGCCGGAGCAGUAUGCGUGUUUGGGACGUCCUGAAAAACGUUGUUUCUGGCCUCGUGGAAAAGUUCUUGGCGGCACAUCGGUGUUGAAUGGCAUGAUGUACAUUCGUGGAAACCCCUCAGAUUACGACGAAUGGAAGGCGAUGGGAAAUCCGGGAUGGGGAUAUGACGAUGUCCUUCCGUACUUCAAAAAAUCCGAAGAUAACAUGCAAAUGGAUGAAAUGGGCACGGAAUUCCAUGGAAAGGGAGGCAUGUUACCAGUUUCUCGUUUUCCUUAUGCUCCUCCAAUUUCACAAGCGAUCCUGAAAGGAGGACAAGAAUUAGGUUUUAAUGUUCAUGAUUUGAAUGGCGCCAACCAAACGGGCUUCAUGUUGGCACAAAUGACAAGCAAAAAUGGCAUUCGUUACAGUACUGCACGAGCUUUCUUGCGUCCCGUUAUCGAUCGUCCCAACUUACAUAUUUUGCUGAAUGCGACAGUAACGAAAGUUUUGAUCAAUCCAAGCACAAAAACAGCUACCGGAGUCGAAUUCGUCGAUAAAAGUGGAUUUUCGCGCAAAGUCAAUGUCAAGAAGGAAGUUAUCAUUUCCGGCGGAGCUGUAAAUUCCCCACAAAUCUUGUUGCUGAGCGGCGUUGGACCCGAACGUGAAUUGCAACAAGUUGGCGUUCGUCCCGUUCACAAUUUGCCCGGCGUUGGCAAAAAUUUGCACAAUCACGUUGCUUAUUUCGUGAAUUUCUUCAUAAACGACUCGAAUACAGCUCCCUUGAACUGGGCAACUGCCAUGGAAUACUUACUUUUCCGCGAUGGAUUGAUGUCGGGCACCGGUUUGAGUCAAGUGACGGCAAAAACAGCAAGUAAAUAUGCCGAAGACCCAAGUCAACCUGAUAUUCAGUACUACUUUGGUGGCUUCCUCGCUGAUUGCGCCAAAACGGGACAAGUUGGUGAACUUUUGACGAACGAAUCGCGUUCAAUUCAAAUUUUCCCCGCAAUUUUACACCCGAAAAGUCGUGGCGAACUCACUCUUCGGUCUCGUGAUCCUCUCGAUACGCCCAAAAUUGUCGUAAAUUACCUGAAAGAAGAACACGAUUUGAAAGUUCUUGUCGAAGGCAUCAAAUUCGCCGUUCGUUUAUCGCAAACAUCGCCUCUGCAACCAUACGGCAUCCGACUCGACACAACAAAAGUCAAGGCAUGCGAAAAAUUCACCUUCAAUACGCAAGAAUACUGGGAAUGCGCCGUGCGACAAGACACCUUUGCGGAAAAUCAUCAAGCUGGCUCGUGCAAAAUGGGACCCGCAAGCGAUCCAAUGGCUGUCGUCGAUCACGAACUUCGAGUGCACGGAAUCCGGAAUUUGCGUGUGAUGGAUGCGUCAAUUAUGCCGAAAGUUACGUCGGGCAAUACGAAUGCGCCGGUUAUCAUGAUUGCGGAAAAGGGAGCGACGCAUGUCAAGAGAUCGUGGGGAGCUCGUUAGAUGAAAGGCGGCAGUGAAACGGGAUGAAAAGUACAAUUCGAAAGUGGCAAAUUAAUUGAUAGGUGCUUUAGUUGAUUUUAAUUUUGUUUUUUUUUCUGCGAUAGGAAAUAGAAGAUGUUAGACGAUUAGUUUUUAAGGAGAAACUUUUAAUGUAAAUUGAUAAAAAAAAAAAAAUAAGAAGAAAUCUCUUUUUUUGUGCGAAUCUUAAUUUAUGUUGACAAGAUUUUAAAAUUAAAUGAGAAAUAAAAAGGAAAAGACU